AUGCAGGAAAGCUCCCCAAGUCCACAUCAGCAUUACCCGUUCGAAAACGUCCGGUCACCAAGUCCCUCGUCAUCACAUCAUGCACAUCAUGUUAGGAGAGAUGAUGGUAGAGAGAUACAAGAUGUCAGCGGUCUUCGUAUCGCCGACGGACUGACUAGGAGACUAUCAGGGUGGGGUUUCUUGGCACCAGAAUGCGAGGGACGUUCUCAGACGCGAAAUAGCUUCUCAGAUCAAGGUUCCCCAGGCCUUUCCACCGCAUCCAUUUCAAAGGGAUACUUUCAAGAUUCCUCAAAGCCCGCGCAAGCCCAAAAGAUCGCGACAGAAACCAGCCAAUCAGAGCGGGCAUCAUUCACGGAAGAAUAUGGGAAAUUCAUUAAAGUGCUUCAUUACGACAUCACCAGCACCGUGCAACUCUACGAGAAGAAGGCACCCAUGCCGGUCUCGGAAUUGUCAAAACCUCGACAAGGAUCCACAUUCACCAGGUUAAGACGUGCAUCCAUGCCCAAACCAAUGAUAAGAGAACUCUACGCAGUAAAGAUGUUUCACCACACCAAACCAAUAUCGAAAAAUGGAUCCCCUGACUCCGGAGAUGGAAGUGAACAAUUCUCGCUGUCUCACCCUAACAUUCUUUCUAUCAUCGACAUUCUCUACAAUAAGCAAGGAAAUCUUUGUCUUGUCAUGCCCUAUUGUACUGGCGGUAACCUGCACAAUGUUCUUGAACAAGAAGCAAAAUCCAAAGCAGAUCUUACACUCGGAGAGAUAAAUUGCCUCGGAGUCCAGAUCCUGCGCGCGAUUGCCUUCUUACACGAACGCGGAAUCGCCCAUGGAGACCUGCAGCCUCAACACAUUCUCCUCACAGCCCGGGGCGCCGCGAAAGUGGGUGGUUUCGGAGAAGACGAAGACGCCGUGCGAGAACUGACUCAUUAUUCUCACCAUGACAACCGGAGGGGAUCUCGCUCGGGAUCCAGUUCCGGAAAAGCACCGACAUCCAACUCGAAGCUGCGUCUAUGCGUCCGAAGGAGCGUGUCGGAACUCAGUACUCCUUACCUUCCCCCCGAGAGAUUCUCCAGUCGUCGGGAUUCUGUGCGUCAGGGAUAUACACAUCAGCAACUUUACGAUAUCAGGGCGGGAGAUAUGUGGGCAUGUGGUAUGAUCUACAUGAUCCUGAGGUCUGGCCGGCUUCCCUGGCGCAGUGCCAGGGGAGUUAAUCCUGACAAGUCGUAUGCGGAAUAUCUUCACUGGCGCUUGAAAGAGGAUGGAUUUGCUCCUAUUCAAGUCCUCGAAACUCAUUGUCGCAAUGUCAUUUAUGCCAUGCUACAUCCUGAUCCAAAUUUAAGGAUAACUGCAGAGGAGGUUUUAAGGUCCGAGUGGGUUCUUGGAACUGCGGUCUGUGAGGUUGGGGAGAUGGGUGUUUCCUUUUGA